UAACGAUUCCAUAUCCAUUCGGAGUCGGGCCACGUUGCUCUCUCGGGCCAUCGUUCAACAUCACUUGCAACACCUCCACCACCCCUCCCAAACCCUACCUAAACAUCAUUAACGAGACUAUAGAAGUGGUUGACAUAAGCCUUGAUGACCCGGCCCAGAUCGGGAUCCGGUACCCCUAUCUGAUUUAUGGAACUUGCUAUAAUGUAUCCUCAGGCGAUUCGAGCAUCAUUGACUUGUCGGGGGACCCAAUAUACGUUGUCGGAAAGCAACUGGCUGACCACCAUCGGCUGCGACGACUUCGGAGCGACAAGCAUAGCUGUGGGCGGCCACUAUUCCCACGAUGCCUGCAUAGGCUUUUGUUCAGACACGAGCUCUUAUGUCGGCGUUUGCCCGAACAACGGAAACAUCAAUUUCGUCGGCCGGGGCUGUUGCCGGGUACCCAUUCCCAAAGGUUUAGGUACUUCAUUGGGACUUAUACUUCUUUUACUACGUUUUUGGUUGCAUAAGGUGUUCAAGAAGAGGAAAAAAGAAAGCUCAAAGAAGAUCUCUUCAAACAGCUUCUUCUCCAGCAUCAACAAACAAGUGAGGGAACAUUUGGCAAAACCAAACUUUUCACAACAAACGAAUUGAAGAAAGUGUUAAGGGCCUUCUUCCCUUAACUGAGGCCGGCGGCGUUGCUCGGCGGCCGUUGAGGAUUCCGGCGCCCUGCGUAGGGUCGGCGGAGAUCGAUUGGGGCUGUGCGCGGAAGUACUUCCGUCGGGCAGCAAGUAAUUAAGGUUUCAAAACCUUGAGUCACACGAUAGUGGAGAAAUAAUAAUUCUUAUUGAUUGAUUGGAGGAUGGAAAUAAUAACAAUCUAUGCCCUAUUUAUAA